UUAGAAGUGUGGUUUACAUGCCAAGAAAAUUAUCUGAAAAAAAGUGUAAAUUGUAGUAACUGCUUAACUCUAUAUUUUCUAAUUUUUUGCAUUGUAUGUUGUUUGCAAAAAAUAAAUGAAGGUCGAAAACAGACACUCGCAUCACAGAAACAAGCCACAUAGUCGAAUCGAACUUGCUAGCCAAUCAUUUCACUGGUAACAGUGCAAAUUUGUCGCCGAUUUUGGGCUUCGAGACUUUGACUUCAUUUUACCGCUCAAAAGGUGGAUAUUUGGAACUUUUUACAAGGCCAGAAGAAUCAGGAGGGUUGAUUCUUGGCUGAUAGAUAUUGCAUAUGGUCACCAUCAGUAUGAUUGCCACUAGGUGAUUUCUCAACGUGCCUGAGCUCCGCAACCUUCGGGUCAACUUUCAGUCACGUGACUUGAUUUAGGUAAAAUGGCGGCCUCCAAAAAUGUUCAACAUGGACACUAUAAAUAAGCCGCUUGGUAACAAGUGACAGCUACAAGUAGGUAAGCAUGUUCUUGAUAUGUUAGAGACAUCGUAGGAACAGUUCCAAGCCGAAAUAAUGUCGUCCAGGGGGAAGCGAGGUCGAGGUCGACCGCCAAGAAAUCCUUUGUCAGGGAAAUCCCAUUUUCUCAAAACCCCAAAGCGCCAAGCUCAAAUAGUCGACCGCAGCUCCAGGGCCAGCACACCGGCAAGCAGUAUCUCUGGACGGGGUGGCAGGGAACGGGAUGCACGAACCAAGUCUCGCAGUUUUAUACGGGCAGCAUUAGAUGAGGACGAUUUUGACAGCAGAGAUUCUUUUAACGACUCGGAGGCUGAUCUAUCGGACCACAGUGAUCUUGAUAGUGAGAUACCUUUGGCUUUGGAAGAUGACUCUGAAUUCGAGUUAGAUGAAUCUGUUUGUAGUGAUGAAGAGUUGGAAACAACACAGACCAAACCCAGGGUGUACAGACCUCGUCCUAAAAGCCCAGAAUUUGUUGAAGAUGAAACAGUCAUUCCUCCUCUCAUCCUACCUACCAGUUCUACUGAUUUAAUGAUGCCAAGUGAACAUUUAAUGAAAACGUUAAGUAUAUAUGAGGUGCUGCACAGGUUCAGAGUAAUUCUGCGUCUCACACCAUUUACACUAGAAGAUUUCAUUGCAGCACUUGUAAGUGAUGAACAGUGCUGCCUUUUAGCAGAAAUUCACAUAGCUUUAUUACGCUCUCUUUUACGAGAAGAAGAUGGCAAUAACACAACAUUUGGACCACAUGAUGUAAAAGAUAGUAUAAAUAUUCAACUAUUUUUUCUUGAUGGCAUGACUUGGCCAGAGUUGAUUCGAGCAUAUUUGGAUAGUGACCUUCAUCAAGAGUACAGGGCAGUGAUGCCCGCCUUGGAGAAACCUGGAUAUCCAUUUGUCGGAGUUGCAGAUAAACUCCAAGUGCUGACAGCUUUGACCGACUUAUACCUUGGUUCAAAUGCAGUAAGAGAAGAUCUGAUGAAUGAAGGAAAUGUUGCAUAUGAUGAUCAUUGCAGGGCUUGCCACAAACUUGGUGACCUACUGUGCUGCGAAACCUGUUCAGCUGUGUACCACCUUGGCUGUGUUGACCCCCCGUUGGAGGAAGUCCCUGAUGAUGACUGGGUGUGCACUGUGUGCCAAGGAAACCAGGUAAAAGGGGUGACGGAUUGUAUCUCAGAACUUGAAAAAAGUGCAUUACCGAGCAGACAUGACCCAAUUGGAUACGACAGGCAUCGUAGAAAAUACUGGUUUAUGUGCAGGAGACUUAUAGUGGAAGAUGACAAUGAAGUAUGGUACUACAGCAGUACUCAAGCCUUAGCUGAGUUACUGGAGUGCCUGGAUCACUCCUACUGGGAAAGACAUUUGGUUAAUGCAAUAAUGGAAUUGGAUGAUAUCAAGAGACAAAUCCAGAUUACUGAUGAAUUGACCAAUGCCCACAAAGGGUCAAGAAAGUCAGCACUUGAGGAAGAGACUACAAAUCUGAUCAAACUCCAAACAGAGAGAGCAGCAAAGAAAGCCAGAGAGGAAGAAGAAAGGAAGCGCUUGGAAGAAGAAAAGAAACUGGAAGCAGAGAGGAAGAGAAUUGAGGAAGAAGAGAGAAGACUAAGAGGAGAAGAGACAGGGGUUCAGUUAGGCCCAGGUUGGUCUGUAUCCCAGGAUAGCACAGUGAGUGGCAUCAGCACAGAGGGGUUGACAAAACCAGAUGGUACCCCAGUGGGAGAAACCAGAGCUCCUGGGGAAAUGCAGCAAAGUACAAAUACAGAGGAAGUUUUGCAGGAGCAGCAUACACUGACAACUGGGACGAGUACAGAAAUAGCCACCAGCACCACUAACACCAGGUCUGUCAAUGAAGAUGGUGUUGAAGAGAAGAUCAUGGAGGUAGAAGUCACCACUACCACCACCACAGUGACCACAGCUACCACUACAGUGAAAAUGACCACCAUUGAGACGGGGGCAGGGGACGCUUCUGCUGAACAGGAGAAAACAGACGUAGAGAAGAAAGAGCCUCCCAGUAGCAAUACUAGCCCUAAUGAGAGUGCUAGCGCCAGUGGAGACAGCGAGAUGAAGACCCAGGGUGAGGACACAGAAGCUGUGAAACCCAAAGUGGUCAGUCUCCAAAGCACCUUUCCCAAUGCUAAGGCCACUGUGCUGGACACUGGUGGACAGACACAGGGAAAUGAUACAAACCAGUCUCCCAAGGCCCAGAGUAACACCAAGAUUGUGAUGAUUGGUAAGGAUGGGAAACAGAUGACCAUCACCCUGCAGGGCCCUCCUCCCAAGAAUCUGCCCCCAGGGACCACUGUGGUCAACUCUACGUCCAGUGUGGUCAAGGGGGCGGUCACAAACACUGAAGAAGCAUCUGCAGAAAGCAGAAAAAUGGUGACACGUUCUAGAACAGGAUCGUUGACUCCCAAGCAGUUCACUGACUCCAUCACCUCCACCACGGCCAGUGUGAAGAUGACCAGCGUCCGUUCCCUGCAGCAGUCCAAUGAGGACAGUGUUUUGGUCAUCAACAAGGAUGGACAGAUAUCCAAAGUGGGCAAAUCUCAGUCGUCUGUGGUUCAGCAGCAGAAUGUGUUGUUUAAAUUAGGAAUGGAAGGGAAUUAUAAGAUGUAUGUGAACCAGUACACAACCAAUGAUCUUGCCUUAAACAAACAUCAGCAUGCAGAGGAGAGAGACAAGAAAAGAUGGCUGUCUCACAAAUUUAGUCUCACGCCAGUCAGUGAAUUCAAGUGGAAUGGGACCAUUUAUGGCAACCGUACCUUGAUUGUAUCAACACUGCGCCUCAGCAUUACCCAGCUUGAGCAGAACAUCCCGUCAGCCUUCCUCCAUCCCAACUGGCCAUACCACAGACAGAGCUGGGUGAAGGCAGUCCACAUGUGCCAAAGUGCUCAGGAUUUCUCCCUGGCACUGGCAAUAUUUGAAGCUUGUAUCAAACCAGUAGUAUUUCUGCCAGUUUGGAGUGAGGCUUUAGGUCAUGUAAGAAUGCAAAGGAUAACUGCUGCUGAUAAAGAAGAAUUGAAAAAGAGAGAAAAGGAAUUGAGGAAACAGAAGAAGGAUGAAGAUGAAGAUUGGAAUGAUAGGUCAACUUGGGUCAAAUACACCCUAGGGCUAAAGCACCAGGUCUGGAAACAAAAAGGUGAGGAGUACAGGAUCUAUGGGGGCAGUGGCUGGUUAUGGCUGAGUGCAGCAAGGACCUAUCACUAUGUUCCUCAGGGGACGGUGGGGCUGAGGGGCGUGGUCAACAAGCUGAGGAGACGUUGGAAGGAAAAAUGUGCUGAGGAACAAUCUACUGACUUUGCCAAGUCAGAUUUGGCUUCAGAUGCUCCAGAGGUGAAAGAGGGAGAAGGACAGGGUGAAGAAAAAAUGGAUGUAGAUGAACAAUCUGAAGAAAAAGAAAAGAAAGAUGAAGCACCAAAGGGAGAGAAAUCUAUGAAUGAGGAAGUGAAAGAAGAGGAGAAAAAAAUGGAAGUGGACAAUGAUGGUGAGAAAGAGUCAAAUGAAGACCAGAAAGUGGAAAAGACAAAUGCAGAAAAAGAAAGUGAGCCAAAGACGGAUAAGAAGAAGGCAGAAGUGAAAUCUAAAAGCUCUCCAGGCAAGUCCAAGUUAGAGCAGGCAAAGUUUGAUGAGGAAGCAAGACUGAAAGCUGAGGCAGAGGGCAUGAGGACAGACUUGAUUGAUGUGUCAAAGUCAUUGCUGGAAAGGACUUUUUAUCCUAAACUUACCAAACCUGCUGCUAAACUAGAUAUUUUCCUUGAGCGCCGUGUCAAGCAAGAUGAAUGGGAGAAGAAGCAAAGAAGAGCUUUGGAGCAUUUGAUUACUAAACACAAUGAGGUGGAGAAACAAAAACUUGCUGCCAAAGAGGCAGGGAAGAAAGGUUCAUUGAAGAAUGAGAAUGAAGACAAAAUAUAUCAGUGCUACUCUUCUGUCUGCAGGAAAGAGAAGGGCUCAAACACACCAUGUUUCUCCAUUACUUGUCAGAUGAGUACCAACAUCAAAAAGGAACCAACAGAUGUAGAAAUGAAAGACGUUAAAAGUGAGCCAACUGAGCAAAAAGUUGGUACGAAAGAUGAAAAACCAGUUGUUUUGAAUGGAGAAAUUGGGAGUGAUGGAAGUGACAGCAAAAUAAGUUCUUCCGAUAGAAAGACUGAGAAAGGAGAAGAUGAGGACGAAGAUGUUGAUGUGGAAGCAGUGAAAGAGGAGGGGAUGGAAGAGGCCAACAAAGAUGCAGAUUCAAAGACCUCUGGCUUCAUGAACUCAUUUUUGUCUUUUGUUCAAAAGGACAGCACCAAAGGAGAAAAACCUGAGGGAAAAGAACAAGAGAAGGACACUGAAAGUGCAAAACAGGAUCAGGCCUCUACUAGUGGGGAAGGUAACUUGAAAUCAGAGACAAAAGUUGCUGUCAAAUCCUCUCCUCAGUCUGGUGUCACUCUCACAGGUCUUGCCAACACACUGUCCUCUGAGAAACUCAAGGAGAUUGCCUCCAAAAUGCCCAAGGUACGUGGCACCAAUGAAAAAGUCUACUUGCCCAAAUUUAUCAGAUUACAUGGUAAGAAAGCUAAGAAUACAAAGAAACUUAAUCUCCCAGGGUGUCAGAAGUUCAGCACUAAGAGUGGAAAACGAAGCGUAUUUAUUCUGGAAAACCAUGAUCUGAAGAGGCUGUCUCGUAAGGCUGGGAUGGUUGAAGCUAAAGGUUUCAAUUACAAUUGUAAAAUGAACAAUGUGAAUUGGAUCUAUCCAUGUCCUCGGCCUUUGUUCAAGACAGCAUGGCGUUACAGGACCCAGACAGCAGUCUCCCUGGCAUCAGCCUGUGUCCAACUGCGUGUUAUUUGGGCUUGCAUACGCUGGGAUGACAUGUCUGUUAAACCGCCACAAGGGGGCACUAAUACUGUCACCACAGACAGCGAGAUUAUAACCACCGAGUUACUGAAGAGAAGAGAUAUUGGUCAUUCUGGUCUGCAGUCUGAAUUUUUGGUCAGGAAGAUCAUUGUUCCCAUAGGACUGCCUAGUCAGCCCAAAGAGAAAUAUACUCCUCAGCGUAAAGGAUUACGUGAACGUCGUCGAGCAGAAUCUCCAAAGAUCACAGAGCCAUGCGUGAACGAAACCUGGACGCCAGAGGAACAACUGGAACUCUGGGAGAUAAAGCAGUUUGGAGAAAAAGUGGAGCGCCAGAAGCAGGUAAUCCAGCAGAAGUUGGUCCAGGUGACUACCCAGCAGGCACAGCAGCAGCAGUUAACCCAGACCCCAAUUAAACCCAACAAUGAUGCUGCACAUAUACGAGCACAGCUAGAGAAGCAACUCAAGGAACAGAGGACAGCUUUCCAGCAGAAAAAACUUGAGGAACAGGCCAGGAGUAAAACCGGCAGUGUCUCUGUCUCUGCUGCCCCAUCGUCUAUUAUUUCUGCUCUUGGAGGGUCUUCUACUACAGCGGCGGGGGCACCUGCUUUUAAGACGAUUGUCGUAAAGCCUCCAGGUGGAGCCACUACUGUGACGACUCCCUCAAGUCAGCAGAGACUGAUCCUCACACAGAAGGGAGGAGAAGCCGUGGGGUCAAUCCCCCCAUUGAGUGGACAGAGAGUGGGCAGAGUGGCCACAUUACAGCUGCCAGGGACCACCAUCACUGUGAGGCCUAAAAAUACACUUACUAUAUCUCGACCAGCUACAGGGACUACCGCUACACAGAGCACACCAACCCGCCUUAUAGCACCUGCUGGGCAGAUUACUACAGCAGCUACACCAGGCACCAAAGCUCCAGUGGUUGCCACAGGUGUCCCAGGCCAGCCCCAGCAGGUCCAGAUUAUACAGGGUCCCCAGGGGGUCCUCACAGUGAGGGGCUUGCUCCCUGGCCAACAGAUAAUUCGCCUGCCAGACGGCCGCCUCCAGUUAAUCACAGUCAGUACAGCAGGCGGCACUCCUCAGGCUUCCCAGCAGCAGCAGCAGCAGCAGCAGACUCCUUCCUCUGCAGCCUCUUCCACUACACAGGUGUUACAGCUAGCCACCCCUGCCACGCCUGCUACACCAGUCAGAACACAGUUACAGCUGAGACCUAUACAGCCAGCUGCCAGUGCUGUUACCCUCACACCCCCUAGGCUGGUGGUUGCACCACGCAUGGUGACAACUGUCUCUCCAGCUGGCCAGAGACUUAUUAGACCAGCUCAGCUUAUAGGCCAGGCUGCAACACCAACGGCCGUGGCACCAGCUGUUUCCAUAGCAACCACUACCCAAGUGCAACCAGCUGCAGCCGUUGUUCAAAGUAAUCCUCCUCAGUCAGUCAUUCCCUCAGUGGUCAGUAGCAGUCCGUCUGCAAGCCCAAUGUCCAGUCCCUUGUCCAGUCCUACGACCAGCCCUCUCAAGGCUCAGAUGUUACUGAAGAUGCCAGCCCUGGCCUCAGCAGUCACCCAGCAGCAACAACAACAGCAGCAGCAGGCUGCAGCAAAUAAACAGUAUGCAAUCACACCGCAAGUACUACAGCAAGUUGUCCAGCAAGCCAUGCUACAGAACCAGGACCCUGACAUCCAAGCUAAGCUGAUGGCUAUGCAAAGACAGAUUACAGUGCAAAACCAGCAAAAACAGCAAAUUAGCACCCUCCAGGCUAGAGACAAACUGAUCCAGUCCCAAGCCCAGCAGGCACAACAACAACAGAAACUCCAGCAAGCUCAGGCAGUGGAGCAAUUGAAAGCCAAGCAGCAGAAACCUGUGCUUACACCAGAGCAGAAGGAAGAACAGAAUAGAGUGGCCACCUGCAAGCAGGUCAUGAAGACAAUGCUGGAUAAGCUGGAGAAGGAGGAACGGGCCUCACAGAAACAGGCCAAGAAGCAGGAGACAGCUGAGGAGAAACAGAAGCGUGUCACUGCCACCAAGCUGCAGGGUCUACUCUACAAGCAAAAGGAAGCCUUAAAGAAAGAUAUGCUAAAGAAACGAGAUGCCAUGGAGAAGUUAUAUGUGGCUGAGGUGCAGGCGGAUAUAGCAGAGCAAUACAAAGUACUGAAGAAUAAGGGCAGCCCUAGGAAGCGCAAAUCUUCAGAAGAGGUCGACCAUGUUAUAGUGGAUGUGACCACUGUGGAGGAGGCUACAAAGGUGAAGAAGAAGAAGCAGAAGGUGAUCUCGACAGGGACGCCCAGGUCUCAGGCACAGCAAGAAAAGCUGUACUGCAUCUGCAGGACUCCUUAUGAUGACACAAAGUUUUACAUUGGCUGUGACCUCUGUUCUAACUGGUUCCAUGGCGACUGUGUAAACAUCUCAGAGUAUCAGGCCAAGCUGAUAGACACCUAUGUCUGUGAGGACUGCAAAGCUCAGCAAGAGAACACCUCAGAGGAACUUUACUGUAUAUGUAGGACUCCAUAUGAUGAGACACAAUUGUACAUCGGCUGCGACCGUUGCCAGGACUGGUUCCAUGGUAGUUGUGUGGGGAUCAGUAAGAGUGAGGCAGACAUGCUGAGCACCUACAUCUGUCCCAACUGCCAGCAGAAAUCCACUGAUCUGGCUGCUCACCAGCACCUGCUGCAGCCCCAGGACUUUGACAGUCUCAUUAAACUGCUCCGAAGUCUUCAGUCUCACAAGAUGGCAUGGCCUUUCCUAGAACCUGUGGAUCCAGAUGAAGUUCCAGACUACUAUGACGUCAUCAAGGAACCCAUGGACUUGUCAACUGUUGAGAAGAAACUGAAAAGUAAAGCCUACAGAAUACUUGGAGAGUUUGUGAGGGAUGUGACCAAGAUCUUUGACAACUGUCGCUACUACAAUCCCCAUGACAGCCCCUUCUACCAGUGUGCAGAAGUCCUGGAAACCUUCUUUGUACAGAAACUCAAUGAGAUUAAGGCAAAAACAUGAUCUCUGGACUUCAGAACUGUUUAAUGUUUUCUCUGCAGUACAAGGUGGUAAGAAAGAGAGAGUUGAAUAUGCAGGUUCUCCCCCUCUUCUGUGUAGGGAAGGAAUAAUGCACUCUCUUACAGUGUUACCGUCAAGCAUGAUUGGUCCUGUCAUCCUGACUUAGCAAUAUUCAUUAUUCUUAUAGUAUGCUGUAAUAUAGAGUAUUUAUAACUACUUACAUAAUGUCCGUAGAUAUAUGGUAUUUAGAGUUAGUGAAAAGGUCAUACUGGCGUAAUAUUCUUCAACUUGUUUUAUAUUGACGAAUGUGUGAUCUAAGUAGAAGAGAUGGAUUUUGUAGGAUGUAAAGUAGAAUUGUCAGUGAAGACUAUUUGAAUUCCAAAAAAGGACUUGUGUCUAUAAUGGAUCGUAUGCAUGUAUGUAGGGCGUCACACCCAGUGGAUAUGUACAGCAUUUUACAAAGGCAUGAAAAUGUUGCUGGUUUUACAGCCUAAGAAUGAGAUAUUUCCAUGUGGUGUCAUAACCGAAAAUUUUACAUUCAAACUAUUCCGAUGUAUUUAGUAAAUAUCUGCAACAAUUCACCUUGGAAAAUUAAAAUUAGUGUAU